CUCGGUUUUGGGUAUAUAUGACAGUAGGAUUCUAGGUCCAGCAUACUACUUGUCAAAGUAAUUUGCAAUCAUCCACAAUGUUCUAUAAACUGUUCGCCCUGUUCGCUUUGGCGGCUGUAGCCCUAGCGGCUCCCAACCCCAAGCCCGCGCCUGCGCCGGCGCCCGCGCCCGCCCCGCAGUUCCUGACGUACAGCGCGGGCCUGGACUACGUGUACCCCGGCGCGGCCGUCCCGUCCGUCGUGUCCCCGUACUCCGCUCCGCUCGCGUACUCCGCCCUGCCCGGUGCCGUCUACUACCGCUGAAAACUGGAAAAGAUCCCGUAUCUGAUAUGACCGAUGAUAAACCGAUUGAAUUU